AUGGGGACAGCAACCGGAGCGGGGAAUUCCACCGGGGUGACCUGGUGGGCCAUGAUGAACGGUUCCCUCUACGAGGACAGCCCGCCGCCAGUUCCACCGACCGCCUCGACACUCGUGUCAAUUCAACAGCAGGCGACCUCGACACCGGGUUCCCACCAACAGGCGACAACACCAACGUCACCCGGUGCACCGGUGUCAUCGGCAACGACAGCGCCACCCGCGCCUACAGCGAGCGCCAGCUCGACCUCGCCGAGCGCUUCCUCGGUAGCGAGCAACAGCGCAGCCGGACCGCUCCACAUACCCGCGAAGCGAUUAACCGCGACACCGGGAGGCGGUGGUUCCACUUACGGGGAAGUCGCUUGCGUGGAGUCCUCGGGCGCGCCGGGUGGUGCGAGCGCGGCGGGCGUGAUACGGCACUCUCACUCCUCCUCAGCGGGUUCCCAGGGCGGCUGGAGUUACAGCCCGCAUCAUCCCCAGGACUCCCACUACUCGUCCACGGCGGGCGAAUCGUUGAACCAUCAUCAGACCUACGGGGGUAACAAUCCCCCCACGUAUUACAACCUGGCGGCCGAUCCUGCCUCGACCUCCGGCUCCUCCAGGGACAACCGGAAGGCCGGGGCCACCCUUAGUUUCUGGUCGCCCGCAGCCGCCACUGCUGGAUCGGCUGGCACCGCCGGUUCUACCUCGGAUUACAAGUCUUACAACUCGGCCGGUGCGGCGACGACGACGUCGUCCACCGGUGGGUCUACCUCCGGUGCCACCGGCGCGACCGAUCCAGCCGUGUCGUCCUGCCAUCAGAGCUUCUCCCAGAGCUGGUGCAAUUACGCGCCAUACACGACGGCGAGGCACCACCACCCGGUCGACACGGCCGGCCACCAUCAUCCUCACUCGCAGACGGGGGUACCGUACCUGACGCCAUCCGCGGCCGACGACCGGGGUAGAGUCGCUGCCGCUAUGGUCGCCGCGGAAGGUGCCUUUCCUCACGACGGAUACGGCGGCCUGAGAAACUACGGAGCGCCCGAGCCCGUUACCUCCAGCCCCUACCCACCUCCAGGUUCGCUUGCGGGAGUAGGCGUCGGGGUCGGCGUGGCCGGAAUGGGUGUCGGAUGUGGCAGUUCCAAUCCCCUGGAAUGGACGGGCCAGGUGACGGUGCGGAAGAAACGCAAACCUUACUCGAAGUUCCAGACGCUCGAGCUGGAGAAGGAGUUUCUCUUCAACGCGUACGUGUCGAAGCAGAAACGGUGGGAGUUAGCGCGCAACUUAAAUCUGACCGAGCGUCAGGUCAAGAUCUGGUUUCAAAAUCGCCGAAUGAAGAAUAAGAAGAACAGCCAACGGCAGUCUCAACAGCAGAACAACAACAACAAUAAUAACAAUAGCAGCGCCAAUAACGCGAAUCAUCACGCGGCGGCCGGUAGUCAUCAUCAUCCAAGUACUGCACACGCGCCACCCUCGAGUCACCACGUGGUUGCGCAGGCGCAUCACGCGAAUGGCUCUACGAAACAUCAUCACGGUGGCAGUCACGGAGGCAGCCAUAGCAGCCUGGUAGCAGGUCACAGCCAUAGCCUCCACGCGCCGCAGCCCCAGACACCGCUGCCGCCGACUCACGCGUCGUCGUCGGGAACCGUGACACCCGCCACGGCCGUGGUCCAUCCACACGCACACGCGCACGCACACGCCGGUAGCCACCAUCAUCAGCUGACGCAUGUGGCUCAACAGUAUCCUGCGCUCUUACAUCAGACGCCUCACGGCUUGGCCGCCUAAACACACUGGACGCCCCAGAGAAAAUUAGUCGAGACGCCUCAGAGAAAGAGAGAGUACGAGAUCGAGAAAA